AUGAAUAAGAAUUGGAUGGGUAAUACCAGAAAGGUAGUAAAAAAAAGAAAGAAUAUCAAUUAUCAAAGACAAUACUUUUUAAGAAAUAAAAUACAACAACAACAACAACAACAACAACAACAACAACAACUACACAAUCAACCACCAAUCUACAAACAAUCAAAUGACAUUAAUGAUGAUGAUAAUAAUCAUUUAAUUAAAGGCAUUUUAGAUCCAUUUAUUCAAACUAUUGAUUUGUUGGAUAUUUCUUUUGGUGAAUCCCAACCUCCUACUCCACUCCCUCCCAUCAAACUAUCAAAACCAAAUACAUUAUUUGGUAGAAACAACAACAACCAUAUAUUGACAACAACACCAACAACUACCAAUAGAUUACAAAUAUUUGUUGAUAAACAUUGA